AUAUCUUGCAUCCCCUCAUCCUUCCCCCGACUUUUUGCUGCCCACGCCGCUGGUGCUGAUCACAUGCAAUCCUCUCACAUCGCCUCAGGUUUUACAAACCUCAACAGCUUACUCAAUCACGACUCCCCUACCCAGUCCACUGACCAACCACAACAACCACAACAACAACAGCAACACGCCUCCUUCACGCCUUCCAACUCCACCACCUCAUCGACUACCACCGCUACUGGCUCUACCCAAACUCCCAUGGCGACAGCCGCUGUGAGCCUCAUGGCGCCCCUUCUUCAGAAUGCCCAAUCCAACCAGGACGAUGCUCGCCAGGAUCUCCCGCGGCCUUAUAAAUGCCCGCUGUGUGAAAAGGCCUUCCACCGUCUUGAGCAUCAGACUCGUCACAUCCGAACCCACACUGGCGAAAAACCUCAUGCCUGCUCCUUCCCUGGAUGCUCAAAACGUUUCAGCCGCUCUGAUGAGCUGACUCGUCAUUCACGGAUACACAACAACCCCAACUCUCGCAGAGGCAACAAACAACAUGCUGCUGCCGUUGCCGCUGCCGCUGCCGCCGCCGCCUCUGGAAUGAUGGACCACCAGAACGGCAUGGCUCACAUGAUGCCUCCUCCCUCGAAGCCUAUCCACUCCCGUUCUGCGCCCAGUUCCAACAUCGGCUCGCCCAACGUUUCCCCUCCUCACUCCUUCUCCACCUACUCACCCAACGUGGCUUCUGAUCUUUCGUCCUAUCGAAGUGGUGGCUCCCAAAGUACCAACGGCAGCCCCAACGCAUUGUCCCGAAACAUCGACCUCCUUGCAGACGCUGCCUCAAAGAUUGAGCAGCGCCAUCACGGGCACACUCAUUCCUAUUCCCAAGGAAAUCGUCACCUGACCAGCCACGGGUACCACCCUUACCAGAACACUGCUCGUCUACCAGGUCUAUCGCAGUAUGCCUAUUCCUCGCAGCCCAUGUCCCGAUCGCAUUCCCACGAGGAAGAUGAUCCUUAUAUGCACCGGAUGACGAAGAAAUCAAGACCAGGAUCCCCAUUGUCCACGGCUCCACCAUCUCCCACUUUUUCGCAUGAUUCGUGCUCGCCAACUCCGGACCACACCCCACUGGCAACGCCUGCUCAUUCGCCUCGCCUGCGUCCUCACGGGUUCAGCGAUGUGCAACUCCCUCACCUUCGACACCUGAGCUUACAUCAUGUCCCCGCUCUGGCUCCCAUGGAACCAUCCGCAAACUCUGAACAGCCCUAUGUCCCCGUGCAAAGCACUGGCCUGCGGAUAGGCGACAUUAUUUCGAAGCCGGAGGGUGCACAGCGCAAGCUGCCCAUUCCCCAAAUACCGAAACUAGCUGUCCAAGAUUUGCUAAACACCCCUUCGGGCGGCUUCUCAUCCGGUAAUUCGUCCGCAACAGGAUCAUUAGCGGGCAACGAUUUGGCGGAUCGUUUUUAAUUGUCGUCACGACAUUGCACUGCACUGCAUGGAGUUUGGAAGCAUCAUUUGGCAUUUUUGUCUCAGCAAAGCUAGCGUUUAGACGGGACGUGGGGGGAUUUCUUUUUUUGGUAAUGCCACCGGUUGUUCUUAACGAAGACAAUGACGAUCAGGCUCGCUAUUCACCGGUAGACUUUCUUGUUACUUUCUGUUUAGUCGGACUCAAUCAUACCCGCGGAUUGAGCGAUCCGCAGUUCAGCUUCUCCUUUUUUUUGUGUAUUUUAACAAGGAUUCUCUUCUUGGGUCGAUCACAUGUCGGGUUUGUGUGAGUGGGAGUGGGGGGCGGGGAAGGACCCCGGGGGGAGCGAAGCUGGUGCUUAUUGGCAGCGGCAUUGAUAGAUGGAUAGCUCCAGUGCGUAAUUGAAACACUCAACUUCGACACGUUCCGUUCCUCUGCUAUUUUCCAUUACGAGAUGGGAAGGGCGAAAAAGCAAAAAGCUGGGUGACGUGCUUCUGAUGCCAAGUGGUGAAGAGAUAGGCUUACAGGCUAACUGGACUAGUUGGACGCAGACUUGGCAAUGGGGUGCAGGCGUCCCCUCCUCCCACCCCUCCCCCCUCACAAUCAGAGCAACAUCAGGAGACGAUAUCUGCUCGUACUGCAUGCAGUAAGGGUUUUGCAAGGGCGGUGAGGAUAGCCAGCGUGUCGGGAUGUCCGUUCCCAGCCCUUUCGCGUAACCAGCACAUUCCGGCGACCACUACCACCACUCCACAACCCCGUCUUUUGAGCCGUCUGUCCUGGUUCUCCCAGACUCCGCAAUGGCUAGCUGGGCACAAGCGUCAUCAGUCAGUCGUCAGUCAGAUAGCAAUAGCCUUCAAAUCUUGGAAUGGCCGCGGUGCGCGGAGAAAAACUCGUUUCACCUGCCUCAUUCGGCCUCCGCGAUACCAACAGUCACCCAUGCCUGCCCCGCCAGAUGAUUGUCUUUUUUUUCCUUCUCCUUCUAUUGUCUAUUACCCCUUUGGCCUUGUCGUCAUUAACAGCUGUCGGCACUUGAAUCGAUGUGUCUUAUCUAUGCACAAGGAGUGGGCGGCCACGGCAUGCGAGGCCGUACGAGCAAAAUCAAAUGCACCCCAGAUCCGACAACUCCGCAUGGUUGAUGACCCCCCUGGGGCACGUCCAGAGAGCAUGGCAAAACAACAG